GACUGUAUUUAGAGAGAGAGGGGGUAUAGGGAGAGGGAGAGAGGGGGGGGCAAGAGAGUACUAAGUCUGCAGGUGUCGGGCUGGGGAAUCUUUGCUGCUGACAUCAGCACUGCGGCAAAAUGGACAGUUCCAUUCCACACUGAAGUGAUGAGAGAGUUGCGUCUCCAGUCUGCAGUGUGUCACCUGCCGGGCAAAUCCCUGUACUAAAGAUCCUCACCCCCAGUAGCAGACGCACUCACAGCUGAGAAGAGUUAAAUCCCUUGUGUUUGAUUGUUGGAGCACUUGCCUCUCCCCUGCCAUCUUGCCUCUGUGUAUAAAAGGCCGGGCUCAGAUGUCCCUCCCUCACUCUGGCCUCAACAUGAGUUUCCCUUCGGAUCAUUAUCUCUCCUCCUCGUACAGGAAGAUUUUCGGGGACUCUCCUCGAGCUUCAUCUUCUCGCCCGGGACCCAGCGGCUCCUCCAGAACUACAGUUCCCAGCGGCUACAGAUCCCACUCCCUGUCCCGCACUAAUGUCCCUUCUUCUGCCUACAGGAGGGCCGGAUACUUGGCCGCAGACGCAGUCGAUUUGUCGCAAACUUCGGCGGUGAAUAACGAGUACAAGAUCAUUCGCACCAACGAGAAGGAGCAGCUGCAGGGGUUAAACGACAGGUUUGCGACGUUCAUAGAGAAAGUGCGGAACCUGGAGCAGCAGAACAAAGUGCUGGAGACCGAGCUGACUGCGCUCAGACAACGACACUCCGAGCCCUCCAGACUGGGGGAAUUGUACCGACUGGAGAUGAAGGAACUCCGGGCUCAGGUGCACGAUCUGAAUGCGGAGAAGGCUCAGAUCAUUAUAGAGAGGGACAACCUGGAAGAUGAUCUAGAGAAACUCAAAGGGAAAUAUGAGGAUGAAAUGAGAAUGAGAGAGGAGACUGAAUACGCGCUGAAGUCGCACAAGAAGGACGUGGAUGAUGCCACAAUCGCUCGCCUGGACCUGGAGAGGAAAGUGGAGUCUCUGCUGGACGAGAUCUCCUUCCUGAGGAAAGUCCACGAUGAGGAGGUGACGGAGCUCAUGUCCAUGAUACAGACUUCCCAGGUGUCCGUGGAGAUGGACAUGUCCAAGCCCGACCUCACCUCCGCCCUCAAGGAAAUCCGCGGUCAGUACGAGUCGCUGGCGGCCAAGAACCUGCAGUCGGCCGACGAGUGGUACAAAUCCAAAUUUGCCAACCUCACCGAGCAGGCGUCCCGCAGCACCGAGCUCAUCCGAGCCAACCGGGAGGAGAUGAACGACUACAGGAGGCAGCUGCAGUCAAAAACCAUCGAGAUGGAAAGUCUGCGCGGCACCAACGAGUCUCUGGAGAGGCAACUUCAAGAGAUGGAGGACAGACACAUGGCAGAAACUGCUGGGCUCCAGGAUGCCGUUAACCAGCUGGAAAAUGAACUGAGAAACACAAAGGGCGAAAUGUCUCGACACCUGCGUGAAUAUCAGGAUCUCCUUAAUGUCAAAAUGGCACUGGAUAUUGAGAUAGCCGCAUACAGGAAAUUGCUGGAGGGUGAAGAGACCAGGUUCAGCACAACAGGAAUUAGCAUGAUACCUUCAAAUCCACUCCCAAGUUACUCUUAUCAGUCCCGGGUUCAUAGUUCUUCCUCUUCUAAGGUUACCCCUGCAGUAGAUUGCAGAAAAAAGGAGCAAACUGACGGGGUCUCUAAAUCAUCUAGUCGCAUAGGAGAAACCUAUGAGGAAAUUAUAGAGGAGACGGUUGUAUCAACCAAGAAACUGGAUAAGCCAGAUCAAAAUGAUGAAGCUUUGGUGAAACCUUAGGAAAGAUAAAUCUUAGUGGGGUAAUGUAAGAAAAGGUGCACAUUUAGCACCAGAUCUAGUAGCCAAGAACAACUGGUUUGAUGUUAGCCUUUACUGUUUCAAAGAAAUCUGCUGUUAAAAGCGGUGCUAUCUUUGCCACUUGCUGCAUAACCCCUUAUCCCUACUAGGAUAGAUUUUUCACUUCAUAGUCUGUUCAUUCACACCAGCAGGAAUAUUAGUGGAAGCCACAGGACAUGUCCCAAAACUAGAGUUGACAUUCAAAAAUAAUGAUGACACUUAAAAUGUAAUCUUCUGGCAGGCCCCUUGGCAUAAUUACCACUCCAGUGAGAAGCUACAAAUUAAAGUAAUCAAGUAGGUGCAAGCUACUUAUUAACGUAAUCAAGUAGGUGCCUAAUUGCUCUUGUAGGGAACGCCCAACUUGUUCUAAAAGUCAUUGGCUGUUGGACAAUGUUGGGAACUGUCCACUUGUUUUCAGGCAGUGUCAAAGAUCUCACAUCAGAUCUCGCUCAGCAUUCUCCUACCAACAUAGAUUUCCAAAUGGAUGCUGAAAGCUCUUGAAAUCUAAUUUAUAAAUGAACCCAGUUGGCAUUUCCAGUGCAUAAUCUCAUGCAUGGUGUCCAUCACCAAAAAGUGUCGUAAUCACUAAUUGCUAGGAGCACAUUCAUCUGACCUGUACCAAAUACAAGACAUUCCACCCUCUUUACACUUAAAAUUUAGACUUUUGGAUGUAUAUGAUCAUAACCUUCUUUCUGACGUGGGGUCCACCUUUCCUUGAAGCACAGUAGACGUCCCAUGGUAUAGUUAGAAUUUUAACCUUAAACUUAGCCUUUAAUGAAUUAAUGUGAUAUCUUAACCACUUUACAAGUAAAUAAAAAGCUUUACCAUGUUUGGUGUCAGACAUGUAGACGUGUUGUGGUAACUGUGAGCACAGAAAGGACCAUUUCACAUAAAUAACUGUAAUAGGGAACACUAGCCAGCAAUCACACAUGUUCAUAACCAGUGGUGCAACAAGGGGGUUAUGGGCUCCGUGCAAGGCACCCAUCCUUCAUUAGGGGAUGAGCCCUGGUGCAGUUGCACUCCUUCUACUUAUGAGGCUGCUCACAGCUACAACUGUAUUAAAUAAUAUUGUUAAGAAAGCAUUGACUUGAUUCACAAUUAUAUUGUAACACCAAAGAGGAGCCUUAGAUCACAGACUGAAUGGAGGUAUCAUGAUAAGCUGUAUGGCCACUUACUAAAUGUACACUCCUAUUUAUAGAUGUGUCAAGUGACUAACGUGAAAUGGUAUGUAGUUUUCAAUGCCUUAUUACCAGCAUUUUUAAUUUAAAAAUUAUUUUUGCACAUUGCUUCCAGAUUGUUCACAAGUGGGUAAUUGGUGUCACCGAACACUGGUCCGAAAUGUUGUGUAACUGACUAAGCUGUAGGUAAGAACUAAUACGAGGAAUGAAAUAAACUCUGUUGCAUCA